UUCCCGCUAGCGAGGACGACGACAACCUGGAGUCCUUCCGCUCACGCUGCUGUCAGCGUCGCAAGUGAUGAAACCGGUAUCUCUUCAUCUCUACCCCUCCAGCCCUGACCUCCCAUCUCGCGGCUUGCACAUGCGUCGACCUUGUGCUGAGCCUCACGUGCUCGAGUGGUAGACUUGCGAUCGCAGAAUCCGAAUGCAUGUCGCUCUACGAUCCGGAUCCCGCGGCCAUCCCAGUAGGCACUCCAUUCAUCAGACAGCUGUCACAACGAGACCUGUCUCUACAGAUACCCGUCGACCAUGUACCAAAACCGGGCGUAGCUUUGACCCCUGCGUGUUUCGCACACCGCGCCUAUGAGGAUGCCUCGGCCUCAAAAUGCUUCUCCAACUUGCUCGCUACUGGCUUCGACCGGAUCGAGGCAGACCUCUUCUGGGACGGAACCAGAGAUGUGUGGAGUUUGUGCCCUGUCCAGCUCGGAAACGUCGCCGUAGACAAUCCCACCGCGCGGAAUCGGCAUGUGCGCGAGCGGAGGGGGAAUGAUCGCCUGGGAAAACGACAGGCCAGCACUUCUCUAAGCAUGCUGCAACCAUCAGGUCACCGCCAUACCACCACUCCUUUGCCGACCCUCGUUUCGAUUUCCACGACGUUGACGUUGGGUACCGCGACCGGCAGCACCGCCCCAACCGCAUCGGCUCCCCCCGGAGCGGGAACUCUCAUCCAGGUCGGGCCCUAUUCUUGCACAACGACGGUGGAUCUGCAACUCCUCACGGGUAUCAUUUCCGGCCACCUUGGUUCUACGCAGUUCAAUACCAACGCCACCCUGAAAUUCCUCGUUUUGAACCUGCAUGCAGCAGCACCGGCGUCAGACCCUACAGGCAGCGGUGCUGCACCGGCAAAUCCCGAUUUGUUGAGCAAUAUCCUGAACUCGCAGGUCUCGGAUUACUUGUACACCCCAAGCGACCUUGCCAGGGAACGAGCGGACUUGAAUGCGACUGGUAGCUGGUUUGGCGGUUUGCGUACAUAUCAGUCGAAUCCGGCAUACUACGAUAUUACACAAACUGGAGAUGUGUAUUCCACCCCAGACGGCUGGCCAGGCGAGAGCUUUGUGGAACUGGGCCUGGCCAAACGCUUGUUCACCAGCUACGGGCGUGUCGACCCACAACUAAGCGCAUACAACUUUUCAGGGGAUGCUUCGACAAUAUUCGGAGCGAACUAUCUGCAGAAAACGCCGCCGGUUACCAUCGACAGCAAUGGUCAGGUCGGGAGCGGAUGCUUCUUUGACCCCGGUGUGUACUCUGUGAGCCGCGUGAAUGAUUCGUGGGCAACAGCGGUAACAACGCUGGACCCGACAAACUCGCAAACCAUUUCUCUUCACGUCGGCAAUCUGACAGACUGUGGCAUUUCGCCCCUCCUCAACCAAACUCUGAACGGCCAGACGGCGGACGAGAACCCCGAGCUGUACAUCCAGUACGCUCGGAGCACAAUCUGGUCCUGGGGGCCUGGAGAGCCGCAUAAUGCCACUGACGGCCAGGGAUUCCAAGCCCAUGACUAUCGUUGCGCCGUGUUGAAUGCGACGUCGGGGUUUUGGGCAACGGAAAACUGCGGGAGGAGCUACCGAAGUGCCUGCCGCAGGCCGGACGCCGUUUACGAAUGGUCCAUCAGCAACGCCCCCGCUCAGUAUAUGAACGCACAGAUCACCUGUCCCGCAGGUACCGACUUUGACGCCCCAAGGACAGCACUUGAGAAUACUUAUUUGCUACACACCCUGCAACAGACACUCGCUCAAACAGGUCUAACAGGAGUGAACGACGAGCUGCUAUGGGUGAACUUCAACGACCUCGACAUACCGCAAUGCUGGGUUACUGGGGUCAAUGCCACUUGCCCUUACGUGAAUAAACACUCGGGGUCUCAGGAAAUUAUCGUGCCGACCAUUGCGGCGGUGGUCGUGUUUGUGCUGGCCUUCCUCACGAUCCUAGUCAAAUGCGCCGCGAACAGACAACAGUCCAAGCGGCGUAGACGGCGGGGAGACGACGGCUGGGACUACGAGGGCGUGCCAUCUUGAAGGGAACAUCCACGAGUGGCGCAUGAUGUUAAGCGAUUGGUGACCUCGCAUCUUUGAUAUUAUGAGAGGGCCCGGGGACUUCGGGAAGCUUCAUGCAUGAUCUAAUGCGACAAAGAGCGAUUU